AUGGUUCACCUAGGUCCCAAGAAGCCUCCUAUGAGAAAGGGGUCUAUGAUCGACGUCCCAAAGAACUUGAUGGAACAAAUUCAAUCCCUUGAAGAACAGUUCACUGUUAGCGGUGAGAAAUUGAAGGAAGUCACCAAGCACUUUGUGGGUGAGCUAAACAAGGGUCUCUCCAAGAAAGGUGGUAACAUCCCUAUGAUUCCAGGCUGGGUUAUGGAAUUCCCCACCGGCCAAGAAACUGGUGACUACCUAGCUAUUGACCUCGGUGGUACUAACUUGAGAGUUGUUUUGGUCAGACUAUUGGGUAACCACAAGUUUGACACUACUCAAUCUAAGUACAAGCUUCCUGACCACAUCAGGACUUCUUCUUCCGAAGAACUCUUCUCAUUCAUCGCUGACAGUCUUAAGACUUUCGUUGAUGAGGAGUUCCCAGAGGGCGUUACAGAGCCUUUGCCUCUAGGUUUCACUUUCUCUUACCCAUGCUCCCAGGACAAGGUUAACGAAGGUUUCUUGCAGAGAUGGACCAAGGGUUUCGACAUUGAAGGUGUUGAAGGUGAAGACGUUGUGCCAAUGUUGCAGGAGCAAUUGGUCAAGAGGAAGAUCCCAAUUGACGUUGUUGCUUUGAUCAACGACACUACCGGUACUUUGGUUGCUUCCAUGUACACUGAUGCCGAGACCAGAAUGGGUUGCAUCUUUGGUACAGGUGUGAACGGUGCGUACUUCGAUGUCGUUUCCGACAUUGAGAAGUUAGAGGGAAGAUUGCCUUCUGACAUCACAAGUGACCUGCCAAUGGCCAUCAACUGUGAAUACGGUUCUUUUGACAACGAGUUAGUUGUUCUACCAAGAACAAAGUACGACAUCAUCGUUGACAAACAAUCUCCUAGACCCGGCCAACAAAGUUUCGAGAAGAUGACCUCCGGUUACUACUUGGGUGAACUUUUGAGAUUGAUUCUUUUGGACCUGCAGCAACAAGGCCUAAUCUUCGAAGGGCAAGACCUAACUAAGCUGCAGAAGCCUUACGUUAUGGACACCUCUUACCCAGCCAGAAUUGAGGAGGACCCAUUCGAGAACUUGGAAGACACUUACGAUAUUUUCAAGAACGAACUCGGAGUCGAGACCACUGGCGGAGAGCGUAAGUUGAUUAGAAGAGCUUGCGAGCUGAUUGGUACUAGAGCCUCUAGAAUGUCUAUGUGCGGUAUUGGUGCCGUGUGCACCAAAAGAGGUUACAAGACCGCUCACAUUGCUGCCGAUGGCUCCGUUUUCAACAAAUACCCAGAGUUUAAGGAGAGAGCCGCUGCUGGCUUGAGAGACAUCUUUGACUGGGAGCCUCGUCAGAACAUUGAAGAGUACCCUAUUGUCAUUGUUGCCGCCGAGGAUGGAUCCGGUGCUGGUGCCGCCAUCAUUGCUGCUUUGACUCAAAAGAGACUGGCUGCUGGCAAGUCUGUGGGUGUUGCCAAGUAA